AUGCCCCGUUCUUCUCGUACAGGUGAAAUUAUCUUUGAUCCAGAGAUCGAGAAGACCGCAAGGGCGAAUCGAAGAGCCAAAAGGCUAGCCGACGGGCUCGUGGAGCCAACCUCUUCUUUCGACGACAGUGAGAGUGAAGAAGAACAAGAAUUGACUGCAACCACAAUGGCUAGAGAACGAACAUGGAGGGAGCUAGCAGCUCCUGACUUGAACCAACAACCAUUGUGUAUUACAUACCCAGAAACAGAGGCCGCCUUCGAGCUGAAAUCAGGGCUGAUACACCUUUUACCUACCUUCCACGGACUUUCAGGAGAGGACCCACAUAGGCACCUCAAGGAGUUCCACACCGUGUGCUCCACGAUGAAACCCCGAGGGGUGACAGAGGAGCAGAUUAAGAUGAGAGCUUUUCCUUUUUCCUUAGCUGACAAGGCCAAGGAUUGGCUCUAUUACUUACCGCCGGGGUCCAUCGCUACAUGGAACGAUCUGAAGAGACAAUUUAUCGAAAAAUUCUUCCCAGCUUCGAGGCUAGGCACCAUCAGAAAGCAAAUCGGUGCCAUUCAACAAUUCUCGGGCGAGACGCUAUAUGAAUAUUGGGAGCGGUUUAAUCAACUCUGCGAGAGCUGCCCCAAUCAUCAGAUCUCAGACCAGCUCCUGCUCCAGUAUUUCUAUGAGGGUUUGCUCCCUAUGGAUAGAACCUUAUUAGAGGCAGCAAGUGGAGGAGCAUUAGAGGAUAAAACGUUACGUGAAGCUCGAGAUUUGAUCUCUAGAAUGGCAGCUCAUUCUCAAAAAUUUGGAGGUAGACAAGAUUCAGUUCCCAGUAGAGUGAACGAGGUGGGAAGCUUGAGCCUAGAGGGCCAGAUAUCAGAAUUAACAACUUUGAUGAAGCAAGUGGUAUUGGGCCAAGUACAAAACACCAAGAAAUGCGGCAUAUGCUUCCUCCAAGGCCACGCCACCGACGCUUGCCCACAGCUACAAGAUGAACCUGAUCCGCAAGCAAAUGCCAUUAGCGGGUUCUCAAAUCAGCAAAGGCGGUACGAUCCAUACUCCAAUCAGUACAAUUCGGGAUGGAGAGAUCACCCCAAUUUGAGAUAUGGACAGCAGAAUCAGCAGACACCACCACAAGCUUUCAGAUAUAAGAAACCCGAUCCUCCACAUAACCAGGAAUCAAACUCUUUGACAUCAUUGGAAGACAUCGUCAAGAGCUUAGCAACUAGCACCCUUUCAUUUCAAAAAGAGGCAAGGGCGAGCAUUCAAAAUCUGGAGAAACAAAUGUCUCAACUUGCCACCACCGUAAGCAAACUAGAAGGUGCGAAAGGGAAGCUACCAUCCCAAACGGAAAUAAACCCAAGGGAGAAUGCAAGUGCAGUCACGCUAAGGAGUGGGAAGGUGUUGGAACCUGCAGUUCCUUCUAAAAAUCGGGCACAAGACAAAAUUGAUGAGGGUGAAACAAAGAAAGAGAAGUCGGUCGACGAGACGAAGGAAGACAUCAUUAACACUCCCAUCCAAAAGAUAGUCAUUCCUCCACCAUUCCCAAGUCGAUUCGCGAGAGCUAAGAAAGAGGAAGCGGAACAAGAAAUUCUCGAGACCUUCCGGAAGGUAGAAGUGAACAUUCCUCUACUCGACGCGAUCAAACAAGUGCCCAGAUAUGCUAAGUUCCUCAAGGAAUUAUGCACCAACAAGAGGAAACUGAGUAAGGGCGAAAAAAUAAGUGUAGGGGAGAAUGCAUCGGCCGUCAUCCAAAGGAAAUUGCCACAAAAGUGCAAGGAUCCAGGUAUGUUUACCAUUCCAUGCACUAUAGGUGAGAAAAGAAUUGAGAAGGCCAUGCUAGAUCUAGGUGCAUCCAUAAAUGUCAUGCCUUUAUCCAUUUACAGGACUUUGAAUUUAGGGCCUUUGAAGGACACUAAAAUUAUCAUUCAGCUUGCUGAUAGGUCUAAUUCAUACCCAGAGGGAAUGAUUGAAGAUGUGUUAAUUAAGGUCAAUGAAUUCAUCUUUCCCGUAGACUUUUAUAUCAUUGACAUGGGUGACAAGCACAAUUCUAACUCGUCACACAUUUUGCUUGGAAGGCCAUUCAUGAAAACGGCCCGAACAAAAAUCGAUGUGCAUAAUGGGACACUUUCUUUAGAAUUUGAUAAAGAAACGAUUACAUUCAACAUAUUCGAUGCUAUGAGACAUCCAGAUACUUUGGAAUCUAUAUCUUGUGUUGAUGUAAUUGAUUCGUUUGUUCGAGAUGUGGCAGAACAGAUUUUUGUGCAGGAAGAGGUCGAUUGGGCAAUCCAACAAAACAAGGAUUAUGAUGCCCAAUGGGAAGAAGAUGGAAGAGCAAAAGAUUCAAUUCAGCCUUUAAAAUCACUUAUAGAUGUGUCGAGAAGGUUUGAAAGUUCAGUUUUACCAUUACCGACUUCCACCGAUCGGCUUCUCCCUUCUAUUGUGCAGGCCCCCAAGUUAGAAUUGAAGAAGCUUCCAGAGAAUUUGAAGUACGUUUAUUUGGGUGAAAAGGAGACCUUACCAGUCAUCAUCUCAAAGGAACUAACAAAGGUACAAGAAGAACAACUAAUUCAGGUUUUGAAAGAGAACCAAACCGCCAUUGGAUGGACGCUCGCAGACAUCAAAGGCAUAAGUCCCUCUGUGUGUAUGCACCGAAUCUUAUUGGAGAAAGAUGCACAACCAAAGCGAGACCCACAGAGGAAGCUUAAUCCAACAAUGAAGGAAGUCGUUAUGAAGGAAAUACUUAAGCUCCUGGACUUAGGAAUUAUCUACCCCAUAUCUGACAGUCAAUGGGUAAGUCCGAUACAUGUGGUUCCUAAGAAAACAGGACUCACCUUGGUGAAAAACGAGCGGGGUGAGUUGGUUCCGACAAGAGUGCAGAACGGGUGGCGAGUGUGCAUUGACUACCGAAAACUUAAUGCGGCUACUAGGAAAGAUCACUUUCCUUUGCCUUUUAUCGAUCAGAUGCUUGAAAGGCUAGCUGGUAAGUCAUACUUCUGUUUUCUCGAUGGGUAUUCGGGAUAUUACCAAAUAGUGGUAGCACCAGAAGACCAAGAGAAAACAACUUUUACCUGUCCGUUCGGUACUUUUGCUUAUCGUCGUAUGCCUUUUGGAUUGUGUGAUGCCCCUGGAACAUUUCAACGUUGUAUGAUGAGUAUCUUUUCUGACAUGAUAGAAAACUGCAUAGAAGUGUUCAUGGAUGAUUUUACAGUCCAUGGUGAUUCUUUUGAUCGUUGUUUAGCUAACUUGUCCAAGGUCUUGCACCGUUGUAUUGAGUCGAACCUAGUACUUAACUAUGAGAAAUGCCAUUUUAUGGUGACUCACGGUAUAGUUCUAGGUCAUGUGAUAUCUUCUAGAGGCAUUGAAGUUGAUAAAUCCAAGGUUGAUCUAAUUUUAAAUCUGCCAUACCCAUCUAACAUUCGAAGUAUUCGAAGUUUUCUUGGCCAUGCAGGUUUCUAUCGGCGAUUUAUAAAGGAUUUUUCAAAGAUAGCUCAACCAUUGUGUCAUUUACUUCAGAAGGACACUGAUUUUGUAUUCGGAAAGAAUUGCAGGGAAGCGUUCGAUAAGCUCAAGGAGCUCCUUACAUCAGCUCCAAUCAUCCAACCACCUGACUGGAAGCUCCCUUUCGAAAUCAUGACCGAUGCAAGCGACUACGCUAUAGGAGCUGUUUUGGGGCAACGAAUGGAUAAACGCAGCCAUGUGAUCUAUUAUGCCUCCAAAACCUUGGAUGCAGCGCAGCGCAACUACUCGACCACAGAGAAGGAGCUUUUGGCCAUUGUAUUUGCAUUAGAAAAGUUUCGAUCAUAUCUGCUAGGAUCGAAAAUUGUUGUGUUUACUGAUCAUGCUGCACUUAAGUUCUUAUUGGCCAAGAAAGAGUCCAAACCUCGGUUAAUUCGUUGGAUCCUUUUGCUGCAGGAAUUUGACUUAGAGAUCAAGGAUAGGAAAGGAUCUGAGAACUCUGUGGCAGACCACCUGAGCCGACUUGUGCGAGAUGAGGAACCCCUUCCUAUCUCCGACUCCUUCCCAGAUGAACACCUCUUUCACGUGCAAGGAGAAGAACCCUGGUAUGCCGAUUUGGUAAACUUCAUUGUAACAGGUACAUUUCCCCCUGGAUUAACUAAGGCAAGACGGAACAAGCUGCGUAGUGACUCUAGAUAUUACAUAUGGGAUGAACCAUAUUUAUGGAAGUUGUGUAGCGAUCAAGUCAUACGUCGUUGUGUUCCCAACAAUGAGAUUCAUUCCAUCCUAGCACAUUGUCAUUCAUAUGCAUGUGGUGGGCAUUUUGGGCCCAAGAGAACAGCUAGGAAAAUUAUGGAUAGUGGAUUCUAUUGGGAAACGUUGUUCCGUGAUGCACAUGGAUUUUGUAAGGGUUGUGAAAGGUGUCAAAGAGUCGGGAAUAUAUCUCGUAGGAACGAGAUGCCUCAAGUGCCCAUGCUAUUUUGUGAAGUUUUCGACGUUUGGGGCAUGGAUUUCAUGGGACCUUUUCCUAGUUCAUUUGGUUUCAACUACAUUUUGCUUGCCGUUGAUUAUGUCUCUAAAUGGGUUGAAGCAAAAGCUACUCGGACUAACGAUGCUAAAGUUGUUGUAGGAUUCUUGAAGUCUAACAUCUUUAGCAGGUUUGGAAUUCCACGAGCCAUCAUAAGCGAUCAAGGAACCCACUUUUGCAAUCGCUCCGUCGAAGCAUUGAUGAAGAAGUAUGGAGUCCAUCACCGUGUAGCCACCACGUACCAUCCUCAAUCCAAUGGCCAAGCCGAGGUGUCCAACCGGGAAGUUAAGAGCAUUUUAGAGAAGACGGUCAACCCAUCAAGGAAGGAUUGGAGUUUGAGAUUGGAUGAUGCGCUUUGGGCCUACAGAACUGCGUAUAAAACUCCAAUAGGUAUGUCACCGUACCGUUUGAUUUUUGGGAAGCUUUGUCAUUUACCGGUUGAAAUUGAGCACAGAGCCUUUUGGGCGGUCAAACAAUGCAAUAUGGAUUUGAGGCGUUCCGGUGAGGAAAGAAAAUUCCAGUUGCAAGAACUGGAGGAAAUCCGCCUUGAGGCAUACGACAAUGCAGCCAUGUAUAAGGAACGCGCUAAAUUGCUUCAUGACAAGGUACUCCUUCGGAAGGAUUUCUCCAUUGGCCAAAAGGUAUUACUCUUUGAUUCAAGAUUGAAACUCAUGCCCGGUAAGUUACGUUCCCGGUGGAAAGGUCCUUUUGUGGUUUAUAAUGUGUUAUCUAAUGGGGUUAUUGAAAUUCAAAACUUGGAGACGAACCAAAUUUUCAAGGUGAAUGGACAUCGAUUGAAACCUUUUGUCGAGAAUUUUGCAGUGUCUCUAUUGGAAGAAAUGCGUUUAUCGCACCCCAUCUACAUGGAUUAGCAGGUCAACGGCAUCGUCGAGCUAACGACAUUAAACUAGCGCUAAUUGGGAGGCAACCCAAUCUUGAAUUUUCCAUUUUAUUUUAGUUUCCCUUAUUUUAUUUAUUUAUUUUUUUUUUUACGCGGACACAUUGCACUGAUCGAGUCUUAUCCGAUUCUCUAGGAACACAGUCCACUUCCUACCUCUUCACUACUGCCGCAGCGCUUAACUCUCCAGCUACCCAUGGCGAUCCAACACCCGCACUUGGACCGCUACGAGAAAGAACAGAGGCACCAAGGUCGGAUGUUGGAACGCAUCCCUAUCACCGUCACCACAGCCCCACCAGUCGUAGGGGAGUCUUGUUCCUCUUUCUUUUACUUUGUGUAUCUCAUUCUGUUUUAUAGUUUGUGUUUGCAUCUUGCAUAUUGUGUUGUGUUGUCCACAUGGAGGACCAUUUGCGUCUUAAGUGUGGGGGGUUUUAUUCUAUAUGCAUAUCACUUACAUCUCAUUGACAUUCACAUGUUGCAUUCUAGAUAGUUGCAUACUCAUGACAUUUGCAUGAUAGGGACCCCCAUAUGAUUAGCAAGAUUAUACAUGUUUGAGUGAGAUUAGCUAAGUCAUGUGAUAGAUGAAUUGCCUAAGAGAAUUAGCCCAUAGCUCGAGUUGUGAAUCCGGUACCGAAGCGUGUUGAUACAGUAAUAAAAAAAAACACCUAUGUGAGGUCUUGGGCCAAUGAUUGAUACACCUCUCUAUCAAUCAAUUUUUUUGAUUGAAUGUGUCAUUUCAUGAUUAAGUACUCUAGAACUUGCUUGGAAUCUUGUUGAAAUUUGUUUAAUUGCAAGCAUGGAAAUGAUGAAGGCAUAGGAUUAUCGAUUGAGCCAAACAACCUGCCCAUCAUGUUUAUCCCCUUAGUGAACCCCUUUGAGCCUUGGUGACGUAAGCCUUUCCUUUCUUCAUCCAUAUUGCCUUAUCCUAAACUAUGCACAAGACGUCUUUUUAGAAAAACCAUGUUCCUUUUUUCUUCAUGAUCAUAAGGAAAGUCGAGCAUUUAGCUUAGAUGAAUGGGGGAAAUGAGUGGUGAAUAUUUCGUGUGCGAGAACAAUGAGAUGAAGUUAUUUAUUCAAAAAAAAAAUUAAAAAAAAAAAAAGAAAAAGAAAAGAAAGAAGGGCUGUAAAAAAAAAGAAGAAGAAGAAAGAAAGGCUGCAAAUGAAAAUGAUCAAAAGAAAGAAGAAAAAAAGGUGCUCAUCCAUAUCGGUAUCAAUUGCACAUCAUCAUGGGAUCUGGAAUAUAGGGAGAAAUGUGUUAAUUUGUUUGAAUCGUGUUCUAGUAGUCUAAAUGCUCUGCUUUUCUUAUGGUUGUCUUGUGCUUAUAUGAACCUGAAUUUUUCCACCUCUUUUUGUCCAAGCUACAUUACAUUCAGAAAAAAGUCCUUCAGAUUCAUGUCUUGCAAGUUAUUUAUAAUGGAGAUGAGAUGUAAAAGCAAGCUUAUGGUAGUGCAUGCUCAUGAAAUUGGAUUUGAGUGACAAACACAUAGCCUAAACACUUGAGAGAGAGCGCAUACACAUCCCUAGUGAGGAUUUACUAUGUCAACAUGUUAGGCGACGUUUCUUGGAGUAAGAGGGAAGUUCAUUUAUGCAAUUUUAUGCUCUCAAAUGAUUUAGUUGUAUACUCAUUUGGGUAUGUAUCGUCUUGUUAAUACUGGGGAGCUAGAUUUUUCUUUGAUAUCUUACUCGAGGACGAGCAAUGUUUAAGUGUGGGGGAAUUUGAUAAGAGAGGAUUUGUCCAUGAAAUGGGUAAAAUUUAGACUCGGUUUUAUGUUGUUUUCAUGGUAUCUGAUGCUUGGAUGACGAUUUAUAGGAAAAUUGUCCAAGAAAAGAAUUGAAGGCAAUUUGAUGCAUGUUCGGGAUGAAUUGGAGACCAUUGAAGUAUCUAGAUGGAACUUGCAAGGAUACAAGGACUUCUGGUUAGUGGUGCACCACGUGCACAACCGAUCCGAGAGGGAGUUUAGAAUCAAUUCUCGAUUUAUUUGCAAAUCUUAGAAUUCCCUUUCAGUUACAAUGGGAGUUUUUUAGGAAAUCUUUAAGAUAUGUUCAUUAUUUGUUUCCUAUUUUUG